AGAAGCCCACACCAAAAUAUGCAAAAGUUUAGCAGAACUGUCAUUUCCUUUGGCUCCUUUCACUGAGAGUUAUGGGCUACUUACCGGACAGAGGCGGCUCGCUGUGUUUAAUUCUGCUAGUUAUAUUACUGUCGGAGGGACAUUUUCGAUGGGUAGAGGCCCAACACUGUGUGUGGUAUGACGAGUGCGGUGAAUCAGAAAAGGUUCCCGGAAAGAAAUACAAUUGUAACUACACCGGCCCCCCCAAGGCUUUAUCCCCCGAUGGCUAUGACCUCCUCACCGAGCUUUGUCCCGGGUAUGACUAUGGAAGUCGCAACCUGUGCUGCAAUGUGGUGCAGUUGCGCACUCUCAAAGGAAGUCUCCAGCUGCCCCAGCAGUUCCUGUCCCGGUGUCCCGCCUGCUUCUUCAAUUUGAUGAACCUCUUCUGCGAGCUGACAUGCAGCCCACACCAGAGCGAGUUUAUGAACGCCACCAAGUUCAACGGGUCCAGUGUGGUGGAAGUGCAGUACUACAUCGGACAAACAUUCUCCAGCGCCAUGUACAACGCUUGCAGCGACGUCCAAGCACCGUCUAGCAACGUGAAGGCCUUAUCAUUGCUGUGUGGCAAAGAUGCAAAGGACUGUAAUGCCACAAAUUGGAUCCAGUACAUGUUUGACAUAAACAACGGGCAGGCUCCUUUUCCUAUCCUACCAAUAUUCUCCGAUGUCCCUGUGGCUGGCUACACGCCCAUGAACAACAAGACAUACAGCUGCUCCGAGGAGCUCGAGGACGGUUCGGGGCCUUGCUCCUGUCAGGAUUGCACAAAGACCUGUGGACCCAAACCCAUCCCUCCGCCUGUUCCUCCUCCCUGGACCAUCAACGGUAUGGACGCCAUGACUGUCAUCAUGUGGAUCUCUUACACGGCCUUCCUGUUCGUGUUUAUCGGCACUGUGGUUGCUGCAUGGUGUUACAGAAAAACGACCGUCUUGUCGGAGUAUGGGCCCAUACUGGACAGCAAUAACCCCUUGUCUCUUAACAGUGAUAAUCCUGACGCAGUCAACGCAUCAUGUUGUGAGACACUGGGCGAGCGCUUUGAGAACAUGCUCAGAGUGGCCUUCAGCUCUUGGGGCUCCUUCUGCGUACGGAACCCAGGUCUGGUCAUCCUGGGCAGCAUGGUUCUGGUGGCGGCCUCCUCCGGGGGUCUGGUCUACAUGCGCAUCACUACCGACCCUGUAGAGCUGUGGUCUUCCCCUGGCAGCCAAGCACGGCAGGAAAAGGACUACUUCGACAGCCACUUUGGACCAUUCUUCAGAACCACGCAGCUUAUCAUCACCACUCCGCUCAACAGCACAUUUAUCUACUCGCCGUACUUCGGAGGCUCGGCUGUACCCUUUGGGGCUAUCUUGGACAAGGACAUCCUGCAUCAGGUACUGGACCUGCAGCUUGACAUUGAAGCACUGGUUGGAACGUACGAGGGCCAAAACGUCACACUGAAGGACAUAUGCUUGGCCCCGCUGGCCCCUUACAACAACAACUGCACCAUCCUGAGCAUCCUUAACUACUUCCAGAACAGCCACGCUGUGCUGGACCACCACCUGGGGGACGAAUUCUUUGUCUAUGCUGACUUUCACAGCCACUUCCUCUACUGUGUCAGUGCACCCGCAUCCCUCAAUGACACCACUCUACUGCACGAUCCUUGCCUCGGGACUUUUGGCGGUCCAGUCUUUCCUUGGCUAGCCCUUGGAGGCUACGACUCCACCAACUACAACAAUGCAACCGCCCUUGUCAUCACCUUCCCCAUCAAUAACUACCUAAAUGACACCGCCAGGCGAGGAAAAGCCCUAGCAUGGGAAAAAGAAUUCAUCCGCUUCAUGAAGGACUUCAAAAACCCCAACCUGACCAUCGCCUUCACAACCGAAAGGAGCGUCGAGGACGAAAUAAACCGGGAGAGCAACAGCGACAUCAGCACUGUGGUGCUGAGCUACGGCAUCAUGUUCAUUUACAUCUCUUUGGCGCUGGGUCACAUCCACAGCUGCAAGAGAUUACUGGUGGACUCCAAGAUUUCGCUGGGCAUUGCAGGCAUCCUGAUUGUGCUGAGCUCAGUAGCCGCCUCAUUGGGCAUCUUCAGUUAUGUCGGCAUCCCCCUCACCCUCAUCGUCAUCGAGGUCAUUCCGUUUCUAGUGUUGGCUGUGGGCGUGGACAACAUAUUCAUCAUAGUGCAGGCCUACCAGAGAGAUGAGCGGAUGCCCCAGGAAGAACUUCAUCAGCAGAUUGGUCGUAUUCUCGGUGAUGUCGCACCCAGCAUGUUCCUUUCGUCCUUCUCGGAGACGGUGGCCUUCUUCCUGGGAGCUCUGUCCAAUAUGCCCGCAGUCAGGACCUUCUCCCUGUUUGCUGGCCUAGCUGUUUUUAUAGAUUUCCUGUUGCAGAUCAGUUGCUUUGUCAGCCUUCUGGGAUUGGACCUGAGGAGGCAAGAGGCGAAUCGUCUGGAUAUCAUCUGCUGUGUGAAGCUGCCAGAAGGUCAGGAACAGAAGGUGGACAGUAUACUCUUUCGGUUUUUCAAGAAGUGCUACGCCCCGUUCAUCCUUAAGGAGUGGGUGCGGCCCAUCAUUGUGGCUGUCUUUGUGGGAGUGCUCUCUUUCAGCAUCGCUGUGGUGAAUAAAGUAGAGAUCGGACUGGAUCAGAAACUGUCCAUGCCUGAUGACUCUUAUGUAUUGCAGUAUUUCAAGAACAUGAGCCAGUACCUCCACACAGGCGCUCCGGUCUACUUUGUAGUAGAGGACGGCUUGAACUACAGCAGCCUGGAGGGCCAGAAUGCCGUGUGCGGAGGCGUUGGCUGCAACAAUAACUCGCUGGUGCAGCAGGUGUACUCGGCCUCGCUCAUCAGCAACUACUCCACUAUCGCCUUCACGCCAUCUUCUUGGCUAGAUGACUACUUCGACUGGGUGAAGCCUCAGUCCACCUGCUGUCGCUACUAUAACAGCACGGGGGCCUUCUGCAAUGCUUCUGUGGUGGACGCAUCCUGUGUGCACUGUCGACCCAUGACCCAAAGUGGGAAGCAGAGGCCAGUGGGCGACGACUUCAUGCACUUUCUUCCCAUGUUCUUGUCGGAUAAUCCCAACAUCAAGUGUGGAAAAGGUGGACAUGCUGUCUAUGCCACAGCGGUGGACAUUUACCCCAACAACAGCGAGAUUAGAGCCAGCUACUUCAUGACUUUUCACACCACCCUGAAGGAGUCCUCGGACUACAUUGAAGCUUUGAAAAUGGCCCGAAUCUUGGCAAACAACAUUAGUCAGUCCAUGGACCACAAGGUUUUUGCUUAUAGCGUCUUCUACGUGUUUUACGAGCAGUACCUGACCAUCGCCUACGACACUGCCUUCAACCUGAGCGUCUCCCUGUCAGCCAUCUUUUUGGUGACCACCGUGCUCCUUGGCUUUGAGCUGUGGUCGGCCGUGCUGGUGUGCGUCACCAUCGCUAUGAUCCUGGUCAACAUGUUUGGCGUCAUGUGGCUGUGGGACAUCAGCCUCAACGCAGUCUCCCUGGUCAACCUGGUCAUGGCUUGCGGUAUUUCAGUGGAGUUCUGCAGUCAUCUGGUUCGGGCUUUUUCCAUCAGCAUGAAGAAGAGCAGAGUGGAGCGGGCCGAGGAGGCACUGGCUCACAUGGGCAGCUCGGUUUUCAGCGGGAUCACGCUAACCAAGUUUGGCGGCAUCCUCAUCCUGGCGCUGUCCAAGUCGCAGAUCUUCCAGGUGUUCUACUUUAGGAUGUACUUGGCCAUUGUGCUUCUGGGGGCCACGCACGGCCUCAUCUUCCUCCCCGUGCUCCUUAGUUACAUUGGUCCCUCGGCAAACAAGGCAAAGGUGUUUGCUGCCAACAGACGCUUCGUGGGUACCGAAAGGGAACGGCUCCUCAACUACUAACUGGCUGAGCGGGACCAUUUUUGUCUGAGAAGAUGAUGACACGUGUGAGUGUUAUUUUUUGUUUUUCUUGCCGCCAUUACUGACACACUCGUCAUCAGCACCACCCGCCACUAUCGUGCACGGAUUGGACUCAGGAAUAUUUCACAGGCGGGAGUCAUGACAUUGCACCUCAUCACACUACAAGGACUAGCUUGGCUUGGCUAUGGUGUGACAUCAUUGAAAAGCAGACGGUUUACUUUCAGGGGAUGAUGAUUUGGGAAACUUUAAAGGGUAACUGGUCAGUUUUUAAAUGUGUAUAUAUAUAAUAGGUUAUGAGAGGUACUUUUUCUGCUAAGUCAGAGCGAAAGCUAUCAUGAUUGUUUGUGUGCAAAUACAGAUUUUGACUGGAUGUGUCCUAACCACUCCUGAUGUCAGCAAGGCGAGGUUUUUGCAGUUACUGAACCAUAUAUUUGUAACACACAAAACAAGCAAGUGUGUGUAUAGCUCAGACGGAACUAGUUUAAUUGACACAUCCUUGACAAUAAUGAUUGCUAAGUUAUUAUUUUACAUGAUUUACUGUGGUGACAAAAACUCUUGUUGGCCAUUGAAGCUCCUUCUCUGGAAACAGGUCUUGGUGCACAAUGGAGGCGUGUUCUUAAAGGAACAGUACUGCAAAGUAUAAUUUUUAAGUGAUAUUGUUAUAAUAGUUUGUUUUGACUGGAAAAUUACAUUUGAAGCUUCUUGACACAAACAUUCCUUUUUGAGUAGUGAUUUUAAGACAAUUUUAACACAUUAAAAAUUUUUCAAAAACAA